GUCUGAGUCUGAUUUAUUUAUUUACUGAUUUAGCCUUGGCCCUUUACAUUGAGUCCGCCCGUUUGCUCUCCAGGGACCCAGACUUGAGUCUUCACUCCGCAUCAGCCUCUCGGCCCUCUCCGCCGCUGCCGUUCCUCUCCGCUCAGCUCAAGCUACUCCGAGAUAGGAGGGAGGACAAAGUUUGGGUUAAAAAGGGGCCUUCAAAGCAAUAACUUAUACGCAGAAGGCGAAGAAAGCCUAAAACCAUGGGCAUGGGCAUGGGCAUGGUGGGUGCAGUAGUUAGGGUAUUGGGAGUAGGAAGCAGGAGGAUGAGCACCAAAGCGCAUCAUCCCAUUCCCAAAGCGAUUACCAAAGCGAUCAAACCGUCUUCUUCUUCUUCUGAGUUCCACAAGUUCCUCGGCAUUCCUCACACCUCUCGCUCUCAAAAUGCCUUGUUAAUCUCUAAGUUCAUCAAGAUCAACACAUUCCGGAGCCCUGGUAUCCACAAGGACAAGAUUUGGGAGGAUAACUUGGGUAAAAUGUUGAAAGGGAAAGACAGAGUUGGUCUCCCAGAGAUUGCCAAAUUGCUGUCCCCACAGUUCAACCAAGCAGGAGGCAUGAACGCAAGCUCAAAGACUGAAGAUAACAAAUACCAAAUGGGCAGUGGGAAAGCUAAAGCGAAAAAGAAAAAGUAGCCGCUGUUCCAGCAUAUUUACUGCCUGGAGUUGAAGAGUUGAAUCUCUUGAACGCUUAUAAUCCUAUCCAGAUUGUGGUCUGCUGCAUUUGAUUUUUCGUUUUAUUUCCCUUUCUUGGACAACUUUGUUCUGUCCCACAAAGUUAAGUGCCCGUGUGUUAUAAUACUCCAGUAAAGAUUUGUUGGAGUUUUGACUAGGCAAAUGUGUGAUGAGUGUUUAUGGUAAUAUUGUUGAGAUGGUCAGAACUGUUUAGACAGGCUUGGCUAUAAAUUUUUAUUUGUUGGGUUCAA